AUGCAAGCAGGCGAUAUCGUAUUGAUUAAAGAAGAAAACGUGCCAAGAAACUGCUGGCGCACUGCUCGAGUCAAAGAAGCUUAUACCUCUGAUGACAGACUCGUUCGAAAGGUAAAGAUCAUCGUGAGCGAUCCUUCACUUUCAAGGGGAGGAAAACAUGUUCGAGCAACGACUGUUCUGGAGAGACCAGUUCAUAAGCUGGUACUACUUCUGAAGUUGAACUCUGAAGAUACAACCAAUGAUUAA